AUGGAUUCAACAAUUUAUGUUCCGUAUCACAAUUAUGUUCCAUUAGUUGCUAGCCAUGGUCCAGAUACAAAAUAUAAACUACCUUCUCGUAACUAUGCCGAUGGUAAAUCUAAAAUGGUAGCAUGGUUUGUAAGCAACUGUAAUGCUGCAAGUCCGAGACAAAUAUAUGCCAAAGAAUUAUCUCGUUAUAUUAAGGUUGAUAUUUAUGGUGCAUGUGGCAGUAUGAGUUGCCCUAGGAAAUCCGAACCUCAAUGUUUUACUCUACUUGAAAAAGAGUAUAAAUUCUACUUGAGUUUUGAAAAUAGUUUAUGUCCUGAUUAUAUUACAGAGAAGAUUUUCAGAAAUGCAUUCAAACAUGAUGUAAUUCCAGUGGUGAUGGGUGCAUCAAUCGAAGAAUACAAGCGUGUUGCUCCUCCUCAUUCGUUUAUUCAUGUUGAUCAAUUUAAAUCGCCGGCAGAACUUGCCAAUUAUUUGAAGUAUUUGGACAGAAAUAAGACCGCAUAUAAUGAAUACUUCGCAUGGCGUGAUCAUGGAACUAUAGAUGCUUGGUCAUCAAAGCCCCAGUGCGUUAUAUGCUUAUUAGCCUACACUGCACAUAAACUGAAACCAUAUACAUUCCCAAACGUUUCGCGAUGGUGGAACGAUGGUUGUGUUGGCCGGAAACUACUUUGGCAUUA